AUGGACGGCUUUGGUAUGGAUAUUGAAGAAGUUACUGAUCGAGAAGACGAGGAAGAGAGCUCGCAUCUGAAACAAAGUCCGAAACAACCGGAGCCAAAGAGGAUGCGUCAAGUGAAGCUGGAUACGUUCUUGAAGUGCUCGGGCUCAAUGGCAAGGCCUUCAUCUUCAACAGCCACAUCUCCUUCGGUCGUUAAAGUUCACUCUCCAAGACGGUCGAAAUCGUCAUUUUCUGUUACCACUUCCAGUGAGUUGCUUGGCUUGAAACGAAGGUUUAUUUUAUUUUCCGCUCAGAUCCUGAAUCCCAUAUAA